AUGAGCAAAACAGAAAUGAAGAUUGAUCCGACACGAGCGAGUGCCCUCAUCUCGCAGCUGCAGGCUGUCAGCGAGAGAGUCGCCGCCGUCUCCAAGGGCCGCGCUGUGCGACUAGUGGCUGUGUCAAAGCUGAAGCCGGCCAACGACAUCUUGGCCCUCCACCAAGCCCCAGCUCAUCAAACCCACUUUGGUGAGAACUACGCCCAGGAGCUCAGCCAAAAAGCAGAGUUGCUGCCGAGGACCGUCCAAUGGCACUUUAUCGGCGGCCUGCAGUCGGGGCACUGCAAGAAUCUUGCCAAGAUCCCAAAUCUCUGGUGCGUCUCCAGCGUCGACACGCUGAAAAAAGCGCAGCUGCUUGACAAAUACCGGGGCGAUCUUGUCAAGUCGGAGCCCUCGGCUCCCAAGCUCAAUGUCCACGUCCAGGUCAACACCUCGGGCGAGGAGUCUAAGGCGGGGUGCGCGCCGGGAGACGAGACGGUGUCGCUGUGCCGGAGCAUCAUGAACGACUGCCCCAACCUCCACAUGCUGGGGCUCAUGACCAUCGGCGCCAUCGCGCGCAGCGUGGCCACGACGGCCGAGAAUGAGAACGAGGACCUUAUUCUUCUAGCCCAGCAGAGAGAUUUGGUGGCUAAGGAGCUAGGUCUGGACAGAGAGCUCGAGCUCAGUAUGGGCAUGAGCGAGGACUUUGAGGGCGCCAUCGCUAUGGGCAGCCAUGAGGUCCGCAUAGGCAGCACCAUCUUUGGACAGCGGCCGGCAAAGUCUGAGGCAAAGCUCGUCGCCUGA